AUGGCUCCGGUGGAACUGGCCGAGUUGAAGGCGCAGUUGGAGGAUUUGUUGGGGAAAGGAUUUGUACGACCAAGUUCUUCUCCAUGGGGAGCGCCAGUGCUGUUUGUGAAGAAGAAAGAUGGAAGCAUGAGGCUUUGCAUCGACUAUAGAGGGAUCAACAAUAUCACGAUCAAGGAUAAGUACCCACUUCCUAGAAUCGAUGAAUUGUUGGAUCAGUUGAGAGGAGCAAGUUGGUUCUCUAAGAUCGACUUGGCUUCAGGGUAUCAUCAGAUACCUAUUGAGAAUGAGAUGUGA